CACGCAAGUAAAACGGCAACAUCCGAACCGUGUGCGUGUUAACAGUGUAUUCAUUGUUACAUGAGUUUAAAUAGCCUACCAACGGCGUCGUUUAUCACCUUUACAACUCAUUCAUUAUUGACUAUAAAUCAAGAUGUUUGGCUUCCACAAGCCCAAGAUGUACCGGAGCCUAGACGGCUGCUGUAUCUGCCGGGCCAAGUCCUCGAGCUCCCGCUUCACCGACAGCAAGCGCUACGAGCGGGACUUUCACAGCUGCUUCGGGCUGAGUGAGGUGCGUUUUGGGGAGAUCUGUAAUGCCUGUGUUCUCCUGGUGAAAAGGUGGAAGAAACUCCCAGCCGGAUCCAUAAAGAACUGGAAUCAUGUUGUUGAUGCUAAAGGUUCAGGGUCAAGCUGGAAGACGACAGUGAGGUCCAAGAAGAUGAAGAGGAGAGCCAGGCCAAGCCAGAUCAGCAGAGUGCAGAAGGAGCUCAAGAGACGCAACUCUGAUGCCCACAGCACAACCUCCAGUGCCUCCCCCGCCCAUUCUCCCAGCUACAGCAACCAAUCAGACGAGGGCUCGGACGUGGAACUCUCACCAGGUGCCGCCCACUCGCCAGUCUUCUCUUUCCUGGACCUCACCUACUGGAAAAGGCAGAAGGUGUGCUGUGGCAUCAUCUACAAGGGACGCUUCGGAGAGGUACUCUUAGACCCCCACCUCUACAAGCCCUGCUGCCAAAAGAAACGACAGCACGAGCCAAGAGAGGAAGGAGAGGAGGAAGCACAGGUGAGCAGAGAGAACCUGAUGAGCCCCGCGCCACCGAACAACCCCCCGCUCCCCCAGGUCAAAGACGACGAGGAGGUGCGAGGGGGAGGAACAGUGGGAAUUUGAUGUCGUAAUGUCACACAGAUGGACACAGAGAAAUGACAUUGCACUCUACAGAAGUCAGAUGGAGACCAUUGGGAUUUUAUGACGUCCUGGAGCACUCUCAAGACGGUCUUCUGGGAUUGCUUUAUAUUCAAGAGCAGCUAGACUACUUAUCAAAUGUUGUGUUCUGUACCAGGAUGCGGUGAGGUUUGUUCUUUUAGAUCUCCUAACGAUUAUGGACCCCCCCCCCCUCUCUCUCUCUGAGUGCUAUGAGAUUGUGAAUAUUGUAUUUGUUUUCAAUAUGAAAUGCUGGAUCCACAAAAGCUGCAUGAGAAAUGGAGACCUCUGGAACUGUACCUUUUCUAGUAGGAUAGAGCCAUAUCCAUUAGGCUAGAGAAUAGCCUUCUAACACUUUGCCUUCACCUGUCCUGUACUAUACACACACACUGGCUCUGGUCACUUUCAAAAAGAUGCAUUCUCUCCUUUUUAUUUUGCUUGUCCAUCCCUUACUCAACAUUGUCACUGAUGGGACGCCUAACAUUGUAAGGGUAAAGCUGUAGAAAAUGUAAUUUGCCAAAUUGAUGUCAGAGGUGUGAAAAGUGGGAAGAAAUUAUGCGUUUUUAAAGAAUUUGAUCAGAGCCUUAUUCUUUGGUUGUGUCCCUUUACCAAUGUCAUAUCCAGCCUUGAUUGUGCACCUGGUGUACUCUGUUUAUAUUGAUACUUUUUCCA